CAAAAAGAGUCACAGCAACCAAAUGAUAGGCAGGACAGAGUUGUGUGUUUAUACAGGUUGUGGCACAAUUACUGGGUAACAGGUGCCUUGUGUGUGCUUAUGUAUAAUAUAUCCACACACGUGUAUUUAAAAUUCAUAUAUAUAACUGGAAGCGGUGCAUUUAGUAGUUUUAGAAACUAGCUAUAGAGUGUGCUGGACAGAGCCUUCAUUUCACAAAGAGGGUGAUUCCUUACCUGGAUGAUGAGUUCCCCUUCGGGGGUGCAGGUACUGCCCCAUGCCAAGAAUGUUAUGGUGUUCCGGAAUGGGGAUCCUUUUCACAAGGGACGCCGGAUGGUGGUGAAUGAAAAGCAGUAUGUGACAUUUGAUGCUUUCCUGAAUGAUGUUACCAGCUCUAUCCAGGCUCCAGCAGCAGUGCGCAACAUUUACACCCCUCUCAAUGGGCACCGUGUCGGCAGCAUCAAUGACCUGCUUAACAAAGGACAGUAUGUGGCUGGCGGGACAGAGAAGUUCAGAAAGCUUGAGUGAGUACAUUUAUGGACGAAGUCUUAAUGUAUGUUUUGUGUGUGUGUGUAUAUAUAUAUAUAUAUAUAUAUAGCAUUCCCUGAUGGUCCGGUGGCAAGGACUAUGCAGUGGAGGGCACACAGCAAACUCUUACUUACCUUCCCAGCAGCUCCCUUCAGCUCUCCUGUCUAACUCUCACUGCGUGUGUGCUUACAUAUACAUGACUUAUGUGCAUGUAUUUAUCUUUUAUUUACACACAUGUAUAAUUGUAAAAACUCUGACUAAAUUCACUGAGGUCUGGCUUUUAAGCUACUUAUCAAGAUAAAGUAAUUUUGAAAAGAUUCAGUAAAAAAUGAUGUUGUGUGACUUAGAAUUUAUCUACAAUGAUCAAUUGUGAGCUGUUUGGAAAGUUACACAUGUGGAACUGGCCCAUCCUGACAAUCCAGUUAUCAUUGGAUAUUUUUGAAAUGGUACGAGUGUAGCAUGUCGGCUAUCCACAAGCAUCUAUCCAAAUGAGAAAAAAAAAGACUGGGUUAGUUUAAGUUAUUAUUUCAAGGUGAGCACAUCUGAUGUAUUGAACAUUAUAUUAAAAACAUAUCAUGGUAGUUGAAUAGCAACACAAGACAUCCAAUUAACUUGGAGGAUAAAUGUGUGGGUGUGGGAGGAGGGUAAUGUAAAAAAAUAAAAAGUUUGGGGACCUAACCAGGUGAAUACUGUGGUCAGUGUUUGGGUACAUGAAUAUAUGUGUGCUACUGCAGAUACCCCUGAUUUUUCCUUUACCUUGUUGUAUGUAGGGGUAAUAUAAUUGUGGAGUUUUAUAAAAACCAUCAGGAUUAGAAUAGCAGGGCUAUUUACUAAACCGAUAUCUGUUGGGAAUUUAAAGUGAAUUUCAAAUUUAAGGCCAAAAUAGCUGAAUUGGAGAAUUUGUCUAAGCCUGCUAUACUUCCAGGUCAGCGGCUUUGGUCUAAAAUCUGAACUUCACUUUGAAUUCUUGACAGUCCGGGAGUUUUCACAGUACUUUCUUAUACUCAAAAUAUUUCAGUUACCCAAUUCAUCUUUGUCAGAUUAGGCGUAUUGUAUGCUCAACAUCUACUUAUAGAAACGAAAAUGUUUAAAAUACAAGAAUACUUGAAUUGACACCAAAACUAGUUUAAAAAGUAACCACCUAUCAAGAUGGCUCUGUACCAAUGUAAUUUUACAAUUUAUAGUUGUUUAAAGGGACACUACAGUCACCAAAACAACUUUAGCUUAAUGAAGCAGUUUUUGUGUAUAGAUAAUGCCCCUGCAGUCUCACUGCUCAAUUAUCUGCCAUUUAGGAGUUAAAUCACUUUGUUUAUGAACACUGGUCACACGUCUCUGCAUGUGACUUGCACAGCCUUCCUAAACACUUCCUGUAAAGUCAUCUAAAGUCUAUCCUUCUUUUAUUGCAAGUUCUGUUUAAUUUAGAUUUUCUUAUCCCCUGCUAUGUUAAUAGCUUGCUAGAUCCUGCAAGAGAAUCCUCCUGUCUGUGAUUAAAGUUCAAUUUACAGAGAAAGAGAUACAAUUGUUUAAGAUAAAUUACAUCUGAUUGAAAGUAAAAACAGUUUAUUUUUUUCAUGCAGGCUGUGUCAAUCAGAGUCAGGGGAGGUGUGACAAGGACUCCAUAAUAAGAAACAAAGUGAUUUAACUCCUAAUUGGCAGUGAAUUGAGGAGUGAAACCCGAGAAGCAUGAUCUGCUCACAAAAACUGCUUCAUUAACCCCUUAAGGAUGACGGACGUUCUAUGCCGUCCUUAAGGGGCUGUCUCUAAACGCUGGUGGGCGGAAUAGAACGUCCUAGCCGUUCUUGCUGCCCACAUGGCCGGCGCCAUGAGCCCGCGGACGGGGAGCAUGCCUGGACACCGAGGCAAGCCCCCCUGUGCCCAGUGACCGCGGACUGCAGCCUCUGAUCGCAGUGACAGGCUGUCACUGCGAUCAGUAUUUACUAUUUGUCAGCCGAUUCUAAAAUCAGCUGACACACGUGGCCGCGGCAUUCUCCCGCUGCAGAUCGCGGUCGGGGGACAUGCCUGACCCCCAGGCAGUCCCCCUAUGGUCAGUGACUGCCAUCUGCAUAGUCUGAGACAGCCUGUCACCUCGAUCAGUGUUACUAUGUGUCAGCAUAUUGGCUGACACAUGUAACUGCAGGCAUGAUCCCCGUGCAGAUCGCGAUGGGGGGCAUGCCUGGCACUCCCCCUGUGAUCACAGUGACAGCCAGUCACUGUGAUCACUGUUACUAUGUGUCAGCCAAUGAUCUGAAAUCACUGGCUGACACUGUCUCUGCCCUUCUCCUGCCCUCUUAACCCCUUAAGGUUAAUAACAAUUAAAAAUAAAAUAUACUUAGAUCAUUUAUAUAUGAUAUACACCUUUACACAUACACACAAAUACACUAAGUGUAUACAUAUAUAUAUAUAUAUAUAUAUAUAAAUAUAUAUAUAUUAAUGUCAAAAUACACGUAGAAUGAUAUUGAUUAAAUAUAUAUAAUAUAUAUAAUAGGAAAAAAAAGUAAAUACGUUAAAAAAUUGUAAAAAAAAAUACGUGUGUAAUUUCAUUCUAACUGUAUUUUGAUAUUAAUAUAUAUUGAUAUCAAAAUACACGUAGAAUGAAAUAAUAUAUAUAUCUAUAUACGUAUAUAUCACCAUAUGUAUACCUAUAUAUAAAAAAAUUAAAUACAUAUAUAUAUGUGUGUGUAUAUAUAUAUAUAUAUAUACAUACACAAAUGUGUGUGUGUGUGUAUAUAUAUAUAUAUAUAUAUAUAUAUAUAUAUAUAUAUAUAAUAAUUUUACAUAAUUAGGUCAAUUUAUUAAUUACAAUUUGCGGGACCUGCCUGACAACCCAGACUGAAAGUAUAGGGAAUUUAAUUUGCUAGCACUAUAUUUAACCCUAUAACUUUCCAAGACAGCAUAAAACCUGUACAUGGGGGGUACUGUUCUACUCGGGAGACUUCGCUGAACACAAAUAUGUGUUUCAAAACAGUAAAAUGUAUUACAACGAUGAUCUCGUCAGUGAAAGUUACUUUUUUUGCAUUUUUCACACACAAACAGCACUUACACUGACAAUAUUAUUGCUGUAAUACUUGCUACUGUUUUGAAACACAAAUAUUUGUGUUCAGCAAAGUCUCCCGAGUAUAACAGUAGCUGUCAUGUACAGGUUUUAUUGUGUUUUCAAAAGUUACAGAGUCAAAUAUAAGGCUUGCGUUUCAUUUUUUUCAUAUUGAAAUUUGCCAGAUUGGUUAGGUUGCCUUUGAGACCGUAUGGUAGCUCAGGAAUGAAAAUUACCCCCGUGAUGGCAUACCAUUUGCAAUAGUAUACAACCCAAGGUAUUGCAAAUGGUGUAUGUCCAGUCUUUUUUAGUAGCUACUUAGUUACAAACACUGGCCAAAAUUGGCGUUCAAAUUAGUUUUUUGCAUUGGACAGACAUAUAGCGCAAAUGUCAGGUUUUGUUUUGAUCACAACGUGUACAACGUGUACACUUAAACAAAGAAGGGAGCAGCAAGCCCUGAGGGUCCGGGUAUAGGACGUCCCUAGAGACCUUGUAAUAAUAUGUUAAAAUAUAACCUUUAAAUAUAACCUUUAUUAAUCUAUAAGUUAAAAAACAGCUUGUGAAACUUGUGAAAGACAAAUAUACAACCAAAGGAAAAAUAAAAAAUAGUAUAUAAACUAAAUGAAAAGUGAAGAUAGGCUGGCAAGGCACAUAAGACCAACUGGCUUAUUUCAACUUGCCAAAUGUUAUGAGGGCAUCUCCUAUGCCAGUGUCUGUAGCUCAAGAUAGGAGAGCUAAAAUGUGUUAUAAUUAAUGUAGCUCAAAAAAGGCUGACUCUUAAUAAAAUCAGAAAAGAGUGAUAACAGAAUCUGAGCACUAAAUUAUAGUUUUCUUAGCUCAAGAACUUAACACUUGAUAGAUCCAGAAAGUGAACUGUUGGAACCUAUAAGCACCCACCGAUCACAGAAAGAAAUGACUAUAUAAUAAUAACCUUGGCUAUUGUAUAUAAAUACAGUGUACCAUUCAGGAGAAGCUGAAAGGUGACUAUGUAUCUACUUGAUGCAGCAUUGACAAAGUAGCCAGUGAAUAAUAGGUUCAUGCCAAAUGGAAAUGAUGUUGCAUUAUGUCUAAUAGCUCAAUAGCCUGGUAAUGCAAGCUGUCCACUCCAAGGCGUGCUCGCUAUUGCUAGGCUGUAAAACAAAAGUAACACCCUGGCUACUUGGAUGAAUACUGCGUAGAAAACAUCCCACGUCUAGAAUACUGCUCAGAUUAAAGAUAAGGCACCGCUGUCUGUGAAUUAUGGGCAAACUAUCACGGAGGAUCAAUAGAGUUGUAUAAAGUAGAUAUUAGAAGACAGCCCCCAGGGUAUGAAAACUUGCUAGUGCAUCAGGGUAACGAACGGGGAGAACUAAGUAAAUUGAACGGGACUAUCUCGGGGAACGAACCCUUAUAACUGCCCCCCACCAUGCAACCCAAAUACUAUCAUAAUCCGGUAGGACUUUCUAGCUACAGAACAACCAAAUAAUAAAAUAAAUUAAAUUAAAAGCCUAUCUACAUAUAAGCCUGAAGCCUGACUCGCGUUUUGGCACUUUCUACAGCGCCUUCGUCAGAGGCAAUAAUGGUUGAGUGUGCCCUAAAGGGCACAAAUUUAAAUGUUCCACCGGCCAAUGGAAAACAACGGGGGUGUACUCAUCACUCCCGCCAAAUUCGAACGGAGGGGUUGUGUCACGCCCCCUACAUACGUAUAAUCUAGUCAUUGGCUAUACACAAAAAAUGUAAAUAAGAACCUAGAGGGUGGUUACUAGAGAUGUCGCGAACUUCUCGCGAACGGUUCGCCACGAACCGUUCGCGGCGAACUCCAGUCAGCUGACACAUCCCGGCCAAUCUCCAGCAGACCCUCCCUCCCAGAACCUCCUACUUCCUGGACAGCUUCCAUGUUGAAGGCAGCUUCAACAUGGAUGUUGUCCAGGAGGUGAGAGGGCCUGGGAGGGAGGGUCUGCUGGAGAUUGGCCGGGAUGUGUCAGCUGACCGGAGUUCGCCGCGAACGGGCCGUGGCGAACCGUUCGCGAGAAGUUCGCGGACGGUUCGCGACAUCUCUAGUGGUUAACCCUUAGUAUCCUGGGAUUCUUGAAUGGCAACGUGAUGCCUCAAAUAUACUAACGGAAACCUGUCUCUCUACAUGCGUGCACUGGGCUUCCCCUGCUUAAGUCUCACAUCCAUUUAAUGUGGAUCAGAAGCAGGGGAUGCAUUUAUUACCUUGCACACUGUGAGAACGGGUCAUUGAAGGUGGUGUACCUGGCUACGAUCAGCUUGAUGUUGAGUAUCGGGGCGUAUCCCUGUAAGAUUCACAAAGGUUGUAGUGUCCCCUGUAGCUCAGGGAUCAUCAGUGGGGGGGCCUAUAUCUGUUAAACUCUCUGGACUGGUCAGAGGAAACCCCCAUAAUGUUUACAUUAACCAACAAUAUCAUUGAGCCCUGAUGAGUGGGGCUCAUAAGGUAUCGUGAAAGUAACAUAGAUAAUUCUAAAACUGGCAACCACCUUCCUGUCCCUGGUCCUGUAAAGAAUCCACGGUGUAGAAUUCAAACAGUGGAACAUUCAAUCAGCCUCUUGAGUAACAAGCUGAAUUUCAAUGAGGUGAAAAAUAGGAAAAUGAAAUAAAGAAAGUAUAUACAAUAAAUAUGUACAAUUAUCCAAACGGGUUACCCCCUACUAGGUCGUCCCUGACACACUAUCACUAGUUCCCCUAGAGGUCACUAGUUCUUUGUUUAUAUUCAACGUGUACAUUUGGCUCAGUCCUUAUGGGGUUAAGCUAAAGUUGUUUAGGUGACUAUAGUGUUCCUUUAAUAUAACUAACAUUAGAAAUGACAAUGUAAAUGGGUAGCUGUGAAAAUAGCCCCCGUAUACUGGGUUGUGAUAUCUGGAGUGUUGAUUGGUCCAGCUUUAUUAUUUAGGAAUCUCUAUAUUCCAGAGCAAUGACUAAUACUGAAAAAUACAUAUUCCUUGUAUUACAAUUUGUCCUUUACAACAAUCACACACUUAGAGAUUUCUUUUCAGUCAAUCUAUUAUUAAAGUAUUCCCAAGUCAGACCCCAUGCUGUGUUGUCUGUAUACAUAUGAAAAUAAACCCAUUAUUAAUAUCUGCAUUCUAGACCCCUUCUGGUUCUGCCACUGUACGAUGUGCACAGAAUCUCAUUAAAUCACUGUUUUCUCACAGCUAUCUUCACACUGAGGUUAAGCCUCCCGCUGUCCCCAAAAGCAGAGACACUCAGCAGGUGAGUUCAGUUCUGUUGCUUCCACAUCUUGCUUCUCACCUGUUUUUCUAGACACAUAAAUGCAUUCUCUUUAGUUUUACAGCCUGCUGAUGUCUGCACAGUAUCUGGCAGAGGUAACCCACUGAUAUGUUGUUUUGAAGACUGUAUUUCUUCAAAAUAGUCUCAGAAAACUAUAUAAGUCUAACAGUGAUUCUCAUUCUUCUAACUACAGGGUUCCAUGUUUGUUAGUCUUCAUACUAGACAGACAAUGAAAUAAAGUAUGUGCUCUUUUGAUGUCAGCUUUAGCUGCAUUUACAGUCAAGAUACUGUGCAAAGUUGGAGGUUUUCACCUUCUUUUAUAGUGUUUGUUGCCUUGUUCUGAAACAACGACAAAGAUGUAUAGUGGAAAAGACCGCAUAUUUUUAUUAUUGAUCUGGUAUAUGACCAAAACUUGUUUUCAAAGUCAAUCUCAAGUAUUUUUCUGAAUGCAUCUCAGCAUAUCCAAUGAAUUGUAACCAAUUAUGCAUAUAGAUUAUACAAGGUCUCUUUGUAGAAUAGUGUUUAUGGGAUGAUAUUUUUUUUUAAUGAUUUUCAUAUACUAGUUUUGCUAAAAUCAAUGCUUUUCUCUUGUCUUUUCUCUAUGAAUAUGAGUCUGCACAUCAUUAGUUUAUUAAUCUUUAUUUUUCCCAAUGGCAGACAGUUUGCAUAAAUGUAAAUAUCGGGUGGUGGAAAUACAAAGUAUGACUAAAAGGAACUGCACAAUAAAAAAGUCACUAUGACAAAUUCAUAAACCACCUAUGGUUUCCCAGGUUCCUCGUCAAGCAGAGAUUCCUUCUCGCUGGAGGGAGGACAACCACUUGCCUUGUAUCAUCCAGUGAGUAUUGUUAACGCAGCUAUGCCAUUUCUGUCGAAUAAAUCAAUAAACUCCUUAAACCAAAAAGGAUGGAUGUUGUCCAACGUCUGAGCCAAAACAAAACCUUGAAUUUCCACUUUGUGUCUAUACCAUCAUAAUGUAUUGGUUUCUCUUUAAGUGCACCCACACAUAUAUAUAUUUUGAUCCCCUGUAUGUAGAGUGGCUGAGUCGCGGACCAGGGUAGCGGAGUUUGUUUCCUCUACCAGGUCCUUCUACCAGAUCUAAAAGGAAGUGCACGCACUGAAAGAGCCGAACUGCUUCCUGGCCGACUGGGUGGAGGGAAACAAUCUCCUCUACCCCGGCCACACUAUAAGGAGGAGGUAAGCUGGCACAUUGGGGACACUGGAGGAAUGAUACUGGAGGAAUGAUAUGGGGUACAUUUGAUAUGACAUGGUUACACGGGGGGAAUGAGAAACAUGGGGGGAUGAAAGAAUGAGACACAUGAAUGGAGGUGCUGGGAGGAAUGAGACACAUGAAUGGAGGUUCUGGGGAGGGGUGAGAGACAUGGAGGCAUGGUGGGAAUGAGACAUAUGAGUGGAGGUCCUGUGAGGUGAAAAUACACAUGGGCUGGGAGAAUGCAAAACAUGGGGAAACUGGGGGAAUGAGAAACAUGAAUCCAGGUGCUGGGGGAAGGGGUGGGAGGUGAGACACAUGAAACGGUCUCUGUAUGUAGAGUGGCGUGCCGUGGACAGGGGUAGAGGAGCUUGUUUCUCUCUACCGGGUCUGACUAGAAAUGUGUACGGACUGAGCCAAAUUGCUUCUUGUCAGACCGGGUGGAUGGAAACAAGCUCCUCUACCCUGGUCUGUAGCUCAGCCACACUAUAAGGAGGAAGUAAGCUGGCACAUGGGGAGGCUGAAGGAAUGAGACACAUGAGGACACGGGAGGAAUGAGAUGCAUGAAUGGAGGUGCUUAGUGGGAAUGAGACACAUGGGGACAUUGGGGGAAUAAGACACAUGAAUGGAGGUGCUGGGGGAAAAUUACACAAAUGGAUACAUCUGAGGAAUGAGACGCAUGAAUGGAGGUGCUUGGUGGAAUGAGAUACAUGGGGACACUACGGGAAUGAGACACAUGAAUGGACUUUCAGUUGUUUGUUUGUUUUAAUUUUGUAUUUUUGCAGUGCCUAAGCUGAGUACAGACAAGCUAGAGGUACCCCAACGGCAUUCCUCAAACAUAGCAUCACAUGUUACAAUUGGGGUAUUUAGAAAGGACUUGCACUAUUUUAUAAUAGAAUAGAAACAAGAAAAACAUCAAUCAAUCAUGUCUAACUACGAGAGUAAACGAAGGAAGGUCAUAAUAUUAGAUAGUACAGUGAAUUAAGCUAGAUAUGCUUAUUAUAUUUUGAUAACCUAUGUAUCUAGUCAGACAUGAUGGUAAAACAAAGUGUUACGUUAGGUAAACAUGCUAUUAAGAUCGCUGUUAAUGCACCCCUGGGUGCAGUGUCAGUAGUAAGCUGUACUGCAGUGAUAUUUGGCAGUUUAUGAAGAGGUAAUAGAAAUUAAAGCAAAUCAUAACAAAAAGCAUAAUACGCAAGGCUUGGUGCAUGGCAUGUAAAACGCAAAAAUAGCUUAUCUGGUUGUUAAGGAGAAAAUAUGUCCAGGUAUCAGUCCCAGAAGCUAGCUUAGCCGAUUCCUCUAGGUGGCAGGGUUGCUGCGUCGCUUAGGCCGGUGGUACCCUGGAACAUGGUGCCUCCUUGGCCCCAGGCCUGCAGGCGGGCCGGCAUCUGUAAACCACAGACUUGGGUUCGUCGCGGGACCAAGUCUAUCCCCAUCACAGGGGGUCAAAGGUGGUGAGGCAUCUUCUCUGCUGAUUUCCUGUUCUCUGCCCGGGUGGACGAUACCUGGGUGAGCAGUAGUGAGGUUGCGGGAGCUUCGUUUUGUUUUUUUUUGCUGCGUCUGCCAUCUUGGGAUCUCUGGAUGCACUGCGUGAUCUGCUCAGCGGACUAGAAAGGUAACGCUGGUGUAGCUGACUGCUUUCCGGGGCGGGCGGGGACCGGGAUAUCCCCCGCCGGUACGGAGGGGUGGGGUUAGAGACUCGUUUAAAGUAGCUUAGUUCAGCGGGGGGAGAGUGGCCGUCUCUCCCUGUAGCGGAGAGCUGAUUUCCCACAGCUUAACUCCAUCAAGUACUUUAACAGGAUGCAGGAACAAGUAAUAAAUCCAAUAUAAUCUUCAGCACAAUCAGCAAUACAAUCCAGUAAUAUCCCAUCACUUUCCCCAAUCACUGGACGACACACAGUAUCAGGAGUAGAACUAACUUUUAAUGGCAACAUUCCUGCUUUUAUGAGAUUCUCCCAUGCAAGGGAGGGAUUCACCACAAUUAGCAUUUUACCCAAUAACAGCGACGUUACCUCUCACACAUCUCCUCCCCUUAGUUUAGCCUUUAAUCCACUUAUAUACAACACAUUUUUCCCCACUUUUCAAAUGUACCCUAAAUAGAUGGAAUAUGCCCUUAAGUAUGGUACCCCCUGGUAGCCCUAAUCUGGGUGAGAAGCAUAUCCAAAAAUCACCCAGAUCAGACCAGGGGUUCGGGAGUUAUGGGGAGGUAAAGUUUUGACCGACCGCCUGGGCAAAGUAUAGGACAGCCAAAAAGGGGUUCCGCUACACUCCCCGUUCUGACUCCUGUCGGCCUUAACCUGCCGCUGCGGUUCUCGGUGCCUCAGAGUGUCAAUUAAGGUAUCCACAAGUAGAAUAAGGUGCCCUAAGCGUGGGAGUCACCUUGAGUAGAGGUCUCCGAGUUGCCGGCCCGGGAUAUUACCGGUUAAUCAGCGUUGGCAGCAGGAGCUCAUGCGAUGCACGCCUUGCCUGCUUGCAGUCCUGGGCAUCAUUGUACUCGUGGGACAUCACAGCAUUCAAUUAUAAUAACAUUAACCCCUUAAGGACACAUGACAUGUGAGACAUGUGAUUCCCUUUUAUUCCAGAAGUUUGGUCCUUAAGGGGUAAAGAGUUAAAAUGCCAUGCAGAACUUGGAAAAUAACAUUUCUUAAUUUCUCACACUUUUUUUUAUUUAUUUCAUCCAUAUUUAAUUGUUUCAUAUAUAACUAUUUGAUGUGAAAUGAAAGCCGUGUUUCUCGUGAACAAAAUUAUAUAUAAAAAAUUUGGGUACACUUAAUAUAAAAUAGGUAAUUUAUGAUUGAACAGACAUAUAGCUCAAAUUCCAGGUUUUGUUUUGGUCAGACCAAUUGCCUCUGUUCUUAAAGGGUUGAUAGACACUUAAGCCCCUAAACUAUGGGUCUGGAAUUGAAGAGAGACACAUUUUUGCCUAUGACUUAGUUUGGCAUAGAGUUAGACCUGCCAGCUUAGGAAACUGUUUCAUAGUGUGCACUCAUUUGCAUAUAUGGUGACAUCAUGGGAAGUGAUGUUAAUGUACUAACUGGCUAAGUCAUGAUGCCCAACAAAAGGGUUGCAGUACAGAAAGUUAACUUACUGUAUUGGUCUCAAACAUUAUCGAUCAACACCAGGUUAGGAACUCUUUUAAAAUUAAUUUCAUUCUUAUUUAUAGCAAAAUGUCAACUCAGAUAAGAUACUGGAACAUAGAAAAGGGUGACUAGCCUAGUAAGGAGGAAAAAUGCAGUCUAUUACAGGUUACUUGUUGGCAUCUAUACCCUGCUUUAUAUGUUGUAUUAGUCAGAUCUGAACUUGCUGAAGUGCUUUAAGAGCUAACAGAGCACAACCUUUUUCUCACUUUAUAAGACUUUUAGAAAGCUCCUAGGUUGUACCCUCAGGGCUGUCAAUCCAAGCAGACGUGAGGCUUCUCAUAGAGUGCUGUUCGUUGUUCUCUAUUCAUUAACAUUCAGAGGAGUCAUUGGCCACACUGUUCACAACACAUUUCACUGUGAAACCAAUCACAGAUUGCUGUUACAUUGCUGCAGUAGCUAUUGUGUGGCUACAGUGUCCAAACUAAUAGGAGAUCUCACAAUGUGAAUCAGUAAGGUGGUUUUCAGUAAGGUGUAUUUUUAACUUCUCCACCUUUUUUUUUACCCUGUUGCCAAUUUGCCCCAUUCCUCACCUUUUCUCCUAGUGUUUUCCGUAAUGGGGACCUAAGGACACCUCCAUUUCGUCUGAUCAUUGCCACAAGUAUUCUGAGGGAGUGGGAACUGGUCUUGACAUUACUCACAGAAAAGGCCAACCUAUACAGUGGAGCUGUAAGAAGGUCGGUGCAAACACCUACACUUUUUCUCAAUUUUCAUGUGAUUUCUCAAUAAAAUGUACCUUUCAAUAAUUGUCUGUCCCUGUAGGCUCUGCACUCUAGAUGGAGUAUCACUCUCUAGUGGGAGUGAGCUAGUCUCUGGGGAAUAUUACGUUGCAGUUGGAUCAGAGAAAUACAAAUGUCUACCAUAUGAGGAACUCCUGACGCUUCAUGGAGACAAGUAUAGUACCUCAGCUGGCUAUUGUUGCAACUUCUCAAUUUUCUUUCCCUUUCUAUAUGCAUUCACAUACAUAGACAUACAGUCACACACAUGCACAGCCAUACAUGCAUACACACAAUCCCAUACACUUACAUACACAGUCACACACAUGCAUGGAUUAGUAAUAUACACAUAAUGAUUAAAUUCCCUGCAGUUUAGCUCUGUCCACAGACUCCGCUCUGGGGAGUACGGAGAUUACAGUAACCCUGCAAGUGAUGGGGAAGCAGGUGAACUGAGAGUCUAUCACAGACUUUGUCUUUCUUCUCCUUCAGUGGACUGCCUACAAACAUGCAGCGGGUUUCAGUAUACCACUACACAUCAAUGCACGCACUCUCGUAAUAAAGCAGGCGGGCCAAUAUAGUAACCUGCUUACUACCAAUAGCAAUCUCUCGUUUCCUUUUCUGUAUUAUCUUUCCAGCCAAUGUGUCUACUUUCUGUAUUGUUUACAGGACUCGCAAAAAUGUCAAGAGAAGAAUACCUAAAGCAGGGGUAGGUAAUAUAUCUUAAGUACUGUUUACAUCAACCUUUUUAUUUUCUGAGCAGUGUUUAUACACUGUUGAAACAUUCUGCGGCUUUAUUUAUUUAUUUUGCCAGAAAUGAGCCCCUUUUUAGAUGUCCCCCAUUGUUUAAACCAGGUACAUCAGAUUCAAAGAGCUCCAGACAACUGCUCAUGAUACAUUGUUUGCUGUAGAGACUGAUUUGCUAUUUAUAAUGGGAAGAGUCUAAUAAAACUGUCUUGCAAAUUUGAUUUUAAUGUUCAUUAUAUUACAUUUUUAGAAUGGGUCGCCAAAUUAUUCCACUUUUAGAAACAAAACACAUUUUUAUUAAGAAUAACCUUAAUUGCCAGUAAUAAGUAAUAAUAGUACAGUAGCCACUUAUAAAUAAUUAUCAAAGUUAUAUUGUUUGCCGAUUGCUUUACCUGUAUUUCAGUUAGUUGUAUUUGUUGUUUGAUAAACUAUUCUUUUUCUCACUUACAAGGUUGGAAAAGUUUACAGUGUAUCCCAGGAAGGAGCCAGUGACUCUGCUCUCAUUGGUCCUCCAGAACAGGUAAAUAGAGCAUCAGUCAGCAAUGCAUUUUAACUUCUUCACUACCAAGUUAUUUUCAUUAAAAUAAUGUGACCUUUAUUUGAAAAUUAGGGUACAACUCUGGCACAUAAAAAGCAAGAUUAUGUGGUAUUGUGUACUACUGAGAAUAUAGGAAUAAUGUCUUCUAGUUGUGUUUGCGUACACCAUUCCCAAUCACACACACAUAGACGCAGGUACGAAAAUGAAUUUAAAUUGUUUUAUAAAUACCUUGAAAAUUGGUUGUGUUGCCAGCUUUGUCUUGCCCAUAAAUGCACUUGUGCACUGACCAAUUAAGUCCAUUUACUGCAUUAGAGGAAAGUGACAUUUUAGAACCCUUUCCUCUAACAUAGGUGGAACAGCUUUUCUUGAUGUCCAAAUGGAUGACUUAUUGUCUUUGUACAGUCUUAUUAAUGAACAUGCCACCAGAGAACUGUUUGUACUGCCCUGUACAUAUUUGCAGGUUGUUUUUCUAUGCCUUAUGAGAAGGGUUUUUAGUCUUUCUUUGUAACAAAUCCCUUUAUUAAUUAUUGUACCAUACCUCUGCCCAUUUCCUUCUUCCUUAAAAUAGUAUUUUUUUGCUGUGAAACAUACCAUGUUAUUUUACUGAUUUUGCUUUAAAAUAGAUUUGGUCCAUUCAGGUUAAUGUAAUAUAUAUUUAUCACAUUUUGAUUAAGGGGCAUGGCCGCAGGGUCUGGUCCACUGGUGUAGAUGCUAAAGAGGAAGAAUCAAUCUUUUAUGCUAAACCAGUAAGAGCGCGUCCCACUCAGAAGAAAAAAACUGACCAGGAGACAAAUGGUGAGACCUCUACUUGACUUUUGUUUUAUGAUAGUACUGUGCUAGUCAUAGGUAGUAUGGAAGUUGCAGUUGGUCCAUAGUAACUAGUUUAAUCUAUUUAAUGUAAUAAAGUUUACACUGGUGCCAAUUCCUUCCAGAAGGGGAAGGAGUUUUUAAAGUGACAAAAACGCGUCGUGAGCUGGAAGGAGCCAAGGAAGUAAAGGAGGAUAAGCACACACGGGUGGAAGUGCCUGUUGACCAGGUAUGGUAUUAGUUAAACCUUAUACAAUGUCUUAAUUGUAUUAGUCUUGUCUAACUUUGCAUUGUAGUCUAUAUAAUAUUUUCCAGCUUGUGUCUGUCUUCUCCUGUAAUUUCCAAUGCUCCUUUUAUAGACUAGAUACGUUAAUUAAUGUCAGUUAUUCCACUUUUAACCAACUUAUUCUCUGUAUACCCCUCUAUGCGGUUAUAUGUGAAUAUAAUAUCAGCUGACAUAGCCUUAUUUUAUUUCACCAUAGAGAGUAGCAGAAGUGGUGCAGGAAGAAGACAUUCCCAAGAACAGACGAACAGAAAAAAAAGAGGUAUGUGAAUAGACAAACAUGUACAUGUGUGAUGUUUUGUGCCCGCAUUCUCAAGGUCAAAAUGAACACUCACAUCCAUGUCUUAUUCAUAGGACGUGAACUGAACUCUAAAGAUUAAGGCCCUGGCUCUGAAGAACCAUGAAAAAUCAGGAAAGCACACAGUGAUUUACUAAAUCUACAUCCCUUGCAUGGUUUAAGAAAUUUCUUUUCUCAUUCUGAAGAAAAAAGAAACAACUUUGGGCUCUGCAAGAACUUAUUUGCCUAAUACUUUGCAUAUUUUCACAUCUUAUCCUAAUAGUAUUAUCAUAAACCCAAGAUCCACAGAUCAAUAGAAACAAAAUAUCUAUUUAUUAAUAAAUAUAGCAAUUACACAUGAAAGUUCUCUUGUGCAUGUUUCUUUAUUUGGGCAGUUGUAGAUGCUUACUAAUACCAAUCUCUGUGAUCGAACAUCUUGCCAAACAUCAGAUUAUCGUUAAAAGGACCUCUGCACUAUUCACUCUUAAUAUAUAUAUAUAUAUAUAUAUGCUUUUAGUUUGAU